CUAUUGGAGUCCGGUCCCAUGGACAGGGGCGGCUUAGCCCAGGGCCGAACAGGUGACCAAAUAGUUCCGAACGAACCGCUCUGGGCCCUCGACUCGAUCAAUAAUAGUCCGCCCCAAACGGCCCUGUAUUCAUAUUGCUACAACCCGAACUAUUGGCAAGGGCAGGCGACCAGUCCGACGGAUAACUGCGCUCAAUUGCAGAUGCAGACGAACGAUCUCGAUUCCUACAAGCACGACUUCGAGCGGCUGCACGGCUACGCGCCCGCCGGUUAUAGCGACUCGAACGGGAAUGAAGCGACGAACACGGCGGCCGGGAACUGUUCGGCCGGCGGAAACGAUGCGUUUAUGCGACCGCCUCUCUGGGAAGAUAUCGCUUCUAGCAUACAGAAUAUCGAUCCUGAAAAUGCUGACAUGCUCACUGUGGCCCACGUUAAGGUGGAAGAACUGGAUGAUCUCGACUCCGGACAGCUGCCUAGUCCUUUACUGAGUCCUUUAGAAAUAAAAACUGAAAAGAAUUCGCAACUGCAUCAUCUCGACGUGUCUCACUUACUUCAGUCACAUAAUAAUAAUAAUAAUGAACAUCAUCAGACGCAAAAUCACUCUUUGCAUUCGUUGCAAACGACGCACGAUUUAAACGCAGCACAGGGCGGGUUACCUUAUCAUGGAAUGAAUACUCAUUCGCAACAUCAAACACAUCAACAGCAGCAGAUAUUCUGUAAUCCUUUGUUGCAAAAUUACUCGAAUAAACAAUAUGGAACACAUAGUCCGCCUUAUCCAGCAGGUCCUGUAUCUCGGCUCAUGUAUUCUUCGCCCCUCACACCGCCUAGUUCCGACCCUGGCAGCCCAGGAAAUACUUUACAACCCCCGAGAAGGACCCCACCGCCGCCUUAUCCCGUACCAGCGCACAUGCGCCUUCACAAUCCCCACGUGCAUCGGCAUUUGCAAACCUCAAGUCACCAUCAAGGAUCAUCACAUAAUCACCACCAAAUGACAACACAAGGUCAUCAACAUAAUGCAACAACAGGGCAAACUGUACCUGUCGGACAUCACACAUCACAAGGACCUUUGCAACAAAAUACGAGUCAUCAACAUAAUCAAUCCAUGGCUCAAGGUCACCAACAAACUAAUCCAGGACAUCAACAACGGAAUGGUGGACAAACUGUUCCUACACCGAGAUACACUAGAAGGAAUAACCCAGAAUUGGAGAAACGGAGGGUUCAUCAUUGUGAUUUUUUAGGCUGCACAAAAGUUUAUACUAAAAGUUCGCACCUGAAAGCUCAUCAAAGGAUACAUACGGGUGAGAAGCCGUACACCUGCCAGUGGCCGGACUGCGAGUGGCGGUUUGCCCGCUCCGACGAACUCACCCGUCAUUACCGAAAGCACACGGGCGCUAAGCCGUUCAAGUGCGGAGUCUGCGAACGCAGUUUCGCCCGAUCGGACCACUUGGCUCUGCACAUGAAAAGACAUCUACCUAAAAAUAAAUAAAAUAUCUAAGAAGAUCUGGAAUUGAGCGAAACGACGCCCUCUUGGUAAUUUUGAUUCUAUGAAGGACGUGUUGUUUCUAGUUGUAUUUCGUAUUAGAUUUAAAGAUCCGUACUUAAAAUCAAUGCUAUUAUUGAUUAAAAAUAAUAGUACAUAAUAUAUAUGUUUAAAAUAUAUUAGACACAUUAA